CCCUCCCUCUCGCUCUUCCUGACGUCAGGAGGAGGGCGUGUGUGAGUGAGUGAGUGAGGGGCUUGAGGUGCUGCAUUCUCUCUCUCUCUCUCUCUCUCUCUCUCUCUCUCUCUCUCUCUCACACACACACACACACACACACACACACACAGGCGUACACACAACACAUCUUUCAGACCCUCCCCUGCUGGCCAGCUCCAAGCGCCCCGAGAGAGGCAGAGUGCUGAAGGCGGCAGCAGGAGGCAGUGCCUGGACCUCAUCUGCCAGGGAGAGGCCUGGCAACCACUAAUGUGCUCUCUGUCUCUGUGGAUCUGUCAGUUCUGGACAUUUCACGUGUUUGGAAUCACGCAAUGUGGCCUUUUGUGACUGGCUUCUUCCACGUAGCGUAAUGGUUUCCAGUCUCGUCCGUAUUGGAGCGGACGGAGCCUGUGGCUGGUGCGGCUGCCGAGCAGGGCCAGGCCGGGCCCUGCCCGCAAGGACGCCCGAGUUCUUCACCGGCCCCUGAGCCCGGGAGCCCACCAGGCUCUCUUGCUGGAUCCGCCAUGACUUCAGAGCCCACGUCACCCCCAGUAGUGCCCCCACUCCACUCUCCCAAGUCUCCUGUCUGGCCCACCUUCCCUUUCCACCGGGAGGGCAGCAGGGUCUGGGAGCGGGGAGGUGUCUCAUCUCGGGACCUGCCCAGUCCUCUGCCCACCAAACGGACCAGGACAUACUCAGCGACAGCCCGUGCCUCGGCUGGCCCAGUGUUCAAGGGUGUCUGUAAGCAGUUCUCACGCUCACAGGGCCAUGGCUUCAUCACACCUGAGAAUGGAUCCGAGGACAUCUUUGUGCACGUAUCUGACAUCGAGGGAGAAUACGUGCCAGUGGAAGGCGACGAAGUGACCUACAAGAUGUGCCCCAUCCCACCCAAGAAUCAGAAGUUCCAGGCUGUGGAGGUGGUGCUCACACAAUUGGCCCCACACACUCCCCACGAGACGUGGUCUGGCCAGGUCGUGGGCUCCUAGGCUGGGGGGCUCACGGGUCAGCUGCUGGGCGGGUGGGGAGCCACACUGGGUAGAUGGGCAGCCUCGGGCUCCGGGCCCCGCUGCGCCGGCUGACCCAGUUCCCUGGGCGGCCUCAGUGUACACGUCAGUCUGUCUGUGCUUGUGGCCGUGAGCGUGUGCCUCCAUCCACCCCCGUGACCAGUGACUGUUGUGUGAGCUGGACCGAAGGGGAGGCCACCAGACCUGCCUUCUGUUUGUCCGCUCUCUCCUCCCCCUCCCUGCCACAUCCGCACAGGACUCCCUCGCCCUUCUGUCCACUGAGCCUCUGAAGGCCUGCGUCAGGCCUGGGAGGCGGGGGCACCAGUGGGCCCACCGUACCAGCUUGUUCCCCUUGCCUCUGCCCCAGGCCUGGCCCCGGGACCAGACUCUGCUUGUACUUAAACCGCCCACCCUGGGCUGGGGUCUCCCACUGUGGCCUGUACCCCUUCUCUCAGAAACCAGGCCAGCGAGAGCUCUGGGGGAGCCUCCCAGCCUCUGGCAGGGCAAGAGGGCAAACGUUGGAGGCAGACAGAGCCCUCCUCACUGCCACGGCCCAGCCUUCCUUCCACCUGCUCUCUCUUGGCAUACUGGAGAAGUAGGCAAGAAGGAGCCGAGCGUGGAAUGUAGUUUUUGGGGUCCUGGUUUUGCCGGCCACAGUCCCUCCUCCCCAGCCUGAUAACAGCUCUAUGAACUCGGGUAAGGCCAUGUCCCCUCCCCGGGACUGCGCUGAGCCAUGCUGCCUCCACCCUCCAAGACGCAGAUCUGGGGAGGGGUGGGGGCGCAUCGCCCCCAGUUUGGAUGGAGCCAUCCCCUUUGCCCUGACCCACAGGCUCUGCUGAUACUCCGCCCAUGCUCAGAUCCACUGGCUGCUGAGGACCCAGUGAUGCAGACGCAUGUCCCCUCAGGCAGGGCCAGGCAUGGGCACCUACAGGAUGGCCCUCAGCCUGUGACACCACCAGCCCUGCAACCCCUUGCUGGCCUCUUCCUGCAGCUAUAGUAGGUGGCUACUGUGCCCCAACAGGCCAGUGGCUGAGGUGUGAUCCCGAUCUCUCGAGUCCCUUAAGGGGUGUGUGUGUGUGUGUGUGUGUGUGUGUGUGUGUGUGUUCACUCUUGGGUGGGGGGCUGGUCUGGCCUGGGAGGCCAGGACGGAGCAGCUUUGCCUCCGUCCUACCACCACCCCCACCCCGACCCUCCUUUCCAUAAAACACAUCAUUUGAUGGGAAAAGAAAUGGGGGUCAAGGAAGUCUUGCCAGGGACAGUGACCCUUAGGAGACUGGGUCUGUGAAUAAAAUGGGCUCAAAUGCCCAGAAUGAGGGGGUAUCUGUUUAGAAGGAUCCCCAGCCCUGUGGGAGCCCUGAGGCCCCAAGGUAGAGAGAUCAGCUGGGGUAGACUCCCCCUCCCCUGUUCUCAGUCCCUGCAAGGCUAGGGGGCCAGAACUGCUGAGAUAUGCUGGAUGGCCCCUGCAAACUGAGAAUGGCCCAGCCUGACACCCCACUCUGAGCUGCAGCUACUCCAGCAAGGCCUAGGGCUUGCCCUGGAGGAACAAGGACUUCCUGGCUUCCUUGGUGGAAGGUUUAUUGGUGCCCUCCCCACCCCUCCCUUAAGGCACUUGCUGGGAGACAGGAUGUGGUGACAUCAGCCCAGGGCUGCCUGGCGGGGAGGGAGGGGCAGGAGGGCUCCUCCAGACCCACAGCCCUGCAUCAUCAAGUCAGAGAUCCCCCUGAGACCCACAGCCUCCCGGACGCCCCCUCCCCACCUCCUAACACUGGCAAUAAACCCUCAACUGUGACUCA